AUGGAAUUAAAAUUUAAUGUUGGAGUCGGAGGUAGCUCACUUCACGUGCAGUUGGUUGCUAAAGUGAGGCGCAGGCGCACCGAACGGUCCGAGAACACAAACCCUAAAAAUGGGCGGCGCGUCGCGAGCCCACUCGAAGACACUAUAACACCACCACCACCUCCUCCUCCUCCUCUCCUGCGCCCAAAACCCUAGAAAUUGCAACCCUCCCCCCUAAAAUGGGCUCGGCCUCCGCCGACGACGACCGGCGCCGCCCCCACGUGGCGCUCGUGGCCUUCCCCUUCGGCACGCACGCGGCGCCGCUCCUCGCCCUCGCCCGCGCCCUCGCCUCCUCCCGCUCCGGCGCCGCCGCCGCCGCCACGUUCUCCUUCCUCGGCACGGCGCGCUCCCUCGCCUCGCUCCGCGGCGGCUGCGACCAGGUCCCCGACCUCCGCGUCGUCGCCAUCCCCGAGGGGGGGGAGGGGGAGGGGGACGGAGAGGAGGAGGAGAUGCGGCAGAUCGGGAGGUUCGCGGCGGCGGCGGAGGCGGGGGGGAUAAGGGAGGGGCUGAGAGCGGCGGCGGCGGCGGCGGCGGCGGAGGUGAGCUGCGUGGUGAGCGACGCGUUCGUGUGGGCGGCGGGGGACGCGGCGGAGGAGAUCGGGGCGCCGUGGGUCCCGCUCUGGACCGGCGGGCCCCACAGCCUCGCCACGCACCUCCGCGGAGAUCUCCUUCGCAGCACGUUCGGCUUAGGACCCCAAGCAAUGGAAGAUCACGGCGACGACCCUCUCGACUUCGUCCCGGGCCUUUCCGGCCACCACCGCGUGCGCGACCUCCCCGAAGGGAUCAUCUUCGGCCCCCUUGACGACCCAAUCGCUGUCAUCCUCAGCUGCAUGGCCGAUCGCCUCCUCCGCCGCCCGCCCACUGCUGCCGCCCUCGUCCUCAACACGUUCCUUGGCUUCGAUCCGACCGCCGACGCUGCUUUCGCCUCCGAAUUUGAUCACUACCUCCCCGUCGGCCCCCUCCACCUCCUCGCUGAUCCCCCGCACCCUCUCGCCGAUCCCGACCCGAGCAACUGCCUCUCCUGGCUCGACCAACACCCUCCCGCCUCCGCCGCCUACGUCGGCUUCGGUACUGUCGCGAUGCCUCCGCCCGCAGAGCUCGCCGCCCUUGCCAAAGGUCUAGAAUUGAGCCGAGCUCCGUUUGUGUGGUCACUGAAGGAGAGCGCGCAAGAGCUUCUGCCUCCCGGGUUUUCGGACCGGGUGCGGGCAAACGGGACCGGGCUGGUGGUGAGCUGGGCCCCGCAGAAGGCAGUGCUGGGGCACGCGGUGGUCGGAGCAUUCGUGAGCCACUGCGGGUGGAACUCGGUGCUCGAGAGCGUCGCUGCGGGGGUGCCAAUGGUGUGCCGGCCCAUCUUCGGGGACCAGCGGAUGAACGCGAGGGCGGUGGAGAGCGUGUGGGGGAUCGGAGUCGCGCUGCGCGGCGGCAUUGCUGCCGAGGAGGUGGUGGCGGGGGCGCUGGACGUGGUUUUGAGGGGGGAGGAGGGGAGGAGGAUGAGGGAGCGGGCCCGGGAGAUCAAGGCUAAGGCCGCGGCGGCGACGGGGGUCGGAGGGAGUUCGUCGGAGAAUCUUAAGAAAUUGUUGAAGCUUGUUUGUGGUUAGGAUUAGGGUGAAAGCUUAUAUAUACCAUGCAUGCAUGGCUUAUCCCGUUACUACGUACUACGUAUGAUAUUAAUAAUAAACAUUACUAUAUUUUGCUAAAA